AAAAUUUGCUUUAAAUCUUGUGAAAAUAAUUAAAUUUUGUUGGAAAGGUUUAAUGAAACUCCAUUAGUUUAAUUUCAGAAUAAUAAUAAUAAUACAGUUUGUUUAUAUUAAUAUAAUCAGAUCUGUCAAGGUGGUGCAGUUCCUUGUUCCUCAUAUACAGCACCUAGUCGUCGUCUUUCCAUUGAUCAGAAUAUGACAGCAGCUGUAGUUGAGAAAAAAACACAACUGCCAAUAGAAUUUCAAGUAACAGAACCUGGUUCGGUUCUUCAAUGGGAAUUUCAGACUGAAGAUUACGAUAUUGGAUUUGGAGUAUAUUGCAAAUCUGAAAAUGGAGAACAGAAAGAACUCAUUCCCAUUCAACGUGUAAAUUGUCACUUAGUCCCUGAAGAUGGUAUGGUUGUAUGUGAUACAGCAGGAACAUAUAUUUUGAAAUUCGAUAACUCAUUCAGCUGGUGUCGUCGAAAGAGGCUCAUGUAUCGAGUUGAGGUUAUGCCACCUACUAAAAAAGAAGAAAUGAAAGAGAUAACCCAAAAUAGUGAAAAUAUUCCAGUAUAAUUAGUCCAAACUUAAAGGAUGCAGAUUUGCCACUUUAUAAAUUGCAUCCAAUUUCAUUAAUGUGCCCUAAUUAAUUGUUCUAAUCUUACUCUAUACAAGUUAAUUUGAAUAUUUAAAUCCAAAAUUUUGUCAAAUUGGCAUUGAGAGAAAUUUCAUUAUGUAAUUAUAUGUGCUAUAAGGAGUGAGAUUGUUUAUAAAUUUAAACUAUUUCUUUCUAUCAAAGAUAUCUAUAAUGUGACGGUAAAAUCAUAUACAUAUAUAUACAUAUAUAUUUUUAUUAAGAAUUUUUAAUUAUUUCCCUUCAAAAAUAUGCAUCCAAAUGAUUAUGAAUUUAGCCAUUUAACAAAAUGGCAAAUAUGCAGUAAAAUUCCAUAUCAGUAGCAUCUAUCUAAUUGUUGAAUGUUUUAUCAAUUAUCCAUAAAAUGUUCUUAAUAGUUGUAAAAAUUUUAUUAUUCCUUCCUAAAUAAAUAAAUAUAAACAAGUUAUAGAAUAUUAAAAUCCACAUAGAAAAUGCAUUAACCCCUCAAUGCAUUUUGUUCCAAAAAUCACUUUGAUAUUACUUUAUAGUGAUUUGAGAGAAAAUGAAAAAUAUUUUAUCUUAAUAGUUUACAAAAUGUUAUUAUAGACUAUUUAUAAAUAUUUUUAAUUAAUAUAUUGGCAUAUUUAAAUGAUGACUGGCCAAAUUUAAUACGUAAGAAGAAAAACUGCAGUUACUAUGUUAAAUUCAUGUAGUGAAUUUCAAAUAUUAAAAUUGUUAGAUAAACUCACAUGCUUGAGGGGUUAAAACUCACUUCUAAAGCAUUUGUUGUUGUUCAGUGUAUUCAAAUGCACAAGAAUCAUAAGUUUUGACAACACAACUGAUUAAUCCAAGUUAAAUUAAAACAAUAAACUAAAUCUUAAUAGUUAUUUAUAAAAAAAGUUAUUUUCUAUAGCUCUCAUAUAGAUCAGGUAAUAUUAUUUAACAUAGAUUUAAAGUAAUGUGAUUAGAUUUUUCUUACUGUAUCUUGUGUUGUUUUUCUUUUACAUAUUUGAAACCAAAAUUCUGAAUAAGUUGGCAUUGGAGGUGUUUUUACAUACAUAUAUAAAUAUUGAUAUAUACAUAACAGACUGAAUCAAU